AUGAGUUAUCUCUAUUCACCAUACAGAUCCUAUGCCAGACCAUAUUAGUAUUCACCCACCCGUUCAUAUGUCUCCUCCCCAUAUUACACAUCCACACCACCAAGAGGCAACUCCUGGGUAGAAAGAAUCCCUGUCGAAUAGAGAUACACAGAGUAUGUUCCAGAACAAAGAAUUGAAUACAAGCCAGUCGAGAGAAGAUACACAGACUAUGUGGAAAUCGAACAUUACAGAGAUUAUGUCCCAGUCCCAAGACUUGAACGAAGAGUUGAAUAUGUGCCAAUUGAGAGAUACGACGAAGCAGUUGACUAUGUUCCAGUCGAGAGAUCCAGUGUGGUUCGCUAGCCAUUGUCAAAUUCAUUAGCCUACAGCAGAUAUUCCAGAUAUCCAUCCAGAUAUUAUUAUUGAUUAUUAUAAUCAAAUUAAUUACACAUUCAUUGUGAAGUAAAGAA